UGUAUCCUUGAUACAGCAAAUUAGCAAGUUAUCACUUUUGAGGCCAUUCAUAACUUACUAUGACAUCCGCGCCUUACUCUGCCAUCGCCGCUCACGCCGGCGCCGACUUCACCCGCGUCCGUCUCCGAACUGGGUUUCCAAAGAAGCACCUUAAUUUUCCCACUUCGGCGCGAUUCUUUGUCAACUCAACUCUCAAACUGAGGACGCCCCGUAGACUGUUUCCUGUGCGUUGCUCAAUCAUGCCUCUAGAAGGCGUCAGCACCACUCCCUUGAUCUCUGAGAGUAUCUUUUCGCACUGUGGAGCAUUCUGGGUAAACAGAUCAAUAAUUGCUUGGAAUGUGGACAUUGAGGAUGAUGGAUGUUACUUGUAUGCUAGCAGAAAUGCUGAAUUAGCAGUUACUGAUGGUGAAAUCCAAGGGUAUGAUCUUAAAAUGAAGCUUGAAGGAGGAGAUGACAGGCUUCCAGAAUAUUUAGCUAAAAGAUUUCCUCAUAUUCGAGACUAUAAGACAUUCAAAGUUCCUCAACCUUUGGAUUGUGAAAAUAUACUCAAGUGCCAAUUGGCUGUUGCUAUCCUCACCUCUGAUGGAAAAUGCAAGUGUGCUACUGGGUUGCAGCUACCUGGUAUCAUAGAUGAAUUAUUCUCCUACACUGGUCCACUUGGUGCUGUUUUUUCACGUCAAGCAAUUUCUCUUUACCUCUGGGCACCAACUGCAACAGGUUGUGCGAAUGCAGGUUGUGCGCGCUUUCAUUUAUAGGAACCUGUCAGAUGUCGUUCCUUUUGAUAUAAUUGAGCUCAAGGAGACGCAUGGUGUAUGGGUUGCUACACUCCCAAGGGAUAGGGAGGGGUAUUACUAUGCAUACGAAGUCUCUGUCUAUCAUCACACUACCUUGCGGAUUGAGAAAUCACUAACUUGCGAUCCGUACUCAAGAGGUCUUUCUGCUGAUGGCAAGCGGACAUUGUUAGUUGAUCUUGAGUGUGAUUAUUUAAAGCCUGAGGGAUGGGAUAAUCUGGGGAAUGAGAAACCAGAUGUACUUUCCACAUCUGACAUCAGUAUUUACGAAUUGCACAUACGGGAUUUUAGUGCCAAUGACCAUACCGUGCAUCCUGAUUUCCGAGGCGGUUAUCUUGCCUUCACUUUGCAGGACUCAGCUGGUGUCCUUCAUCUUAAGAGAUUGUCCGCUGCUGGUAUCACUCAUAUCCAUCUGCUUCCAACCUUUCAUUUUGCUGGUGUUGAUGAUGAAAAACAUAAGUGGAAGCAUGCAGAUAUUGAGAAGCUGAAAUCUUUUCCACCGGAUUCAUAUGAACAACAAGCUAUUAUCACAGCCAUCCAAAAUGAAGAUGGAUAUAAUUGGGGAUAUAACCCUGUUCUCUGGGGAAUCCCUAAGGGAAGCUAUGCUAGUAACCCAAAUGGUUCAUGUCGCGUCAUGGAGUUUCGUAAGAUGGUACAGGCACUUAACCACAUUGGCUUUCGUGUUGUACUUGAUGUUGUUUACAAUCAUUUGCAUGCAAGUGGCCAUAAUGAUGAGAACUCUGUUCUUGACAAGAUUGUUCCUGGCUACUAUCUUAGAAGGAACAAUGAUGGCUGUAUUGAGAAUAGCACCUGCAUAAACAAUACAGCCAGUGAACAUUUCAUGGUUGAGCGCUUGAUUCUUGAUGAUCUUAUGUGUUGGGCUGUUCAUUAUAAGGUUGAUGGAUUUCGGUUUGACCUUAUGGGCCAUAUAAUGAAAAAAACCAUGGUGAAGGCAAAGUCACUGCUCCAGAGCUUAUCCAUGGAGAAGAGUGGAGUAGAUGGACCAAAAAUUUUCUUAUAUGGUGAAGGGUGGGACUUUGGUGAAGUGGCGAAUAAUGGCCGCGGGGUGAAUGCAUCACAGUUUAACCUUUAUGGAACUGGAAUUGGAAGCUUCAACGAUAGAAUUCGGGAUGCAUUACUUGGUGGAUCCCCAUUUGGUCACCCUCUGCAACAAGGUUUUGCCACUGGCCUGUUUGUAGAGCCGAAUGGACAUGAUCAUGGUGGUAGUGCUGCUGCUCUGCAUACCCUUGCUGUACUCAAGGAUCACAUUGAGGUUGGAAUGGCUGGGAACUUGAAGGAUUUUGUGCUAAUUAACCAUGAUGGAGAAGAGGCUAAAGGAUCUGAAAUCUUAAGCCAUGAUGGAACGCCUGUCGGUUAUACUUCUUCCCCAAUUGAAACUAUUAAUUAUGUUUCUGCCCAUGACAAUGAGACUCUAUUUGACAUUCUGAGUUUGAAGACUUCAAUGUAUAUCUCUAUAGAAGAGAGAUGCAGGAUGAACCAUUUGGCAACCAGUAUGAUAGCCCUUUCCCAGGGCAUACCUUUUUUCCACUCUGGCGAUGAGAUUCUUCGCUCAAAAUCACUUGACCGUGAUUCGUACAACUCUGGUGAUUGGUUCAACAGGCUGGACUUCAGCUACAAUUCUAACAACUGGGGUGUUGGUUUACCUCCCAAAGAGAAGAAUGAGCAGAACUGGCCACUAAUAAAACCUAGAUUGGCUGAUCCAUCUUUUAAGCCUCAGAAGUGUCACAUCAUUGCUGCCUUGGAAAACUUUUGUGAUCUCUUACAGAUUAGGUACUCCUCGCCGCUUUUUCGUCUGAGGACUGCAAAUGCUAUUCAGGAAAGAGUGCGGUUUCACAAUGUUGGUCCAUCAUGGGUUCCAGGUGUCAUAGUAAUGAGCCUUCAGGAUGGUUUUGAGGGAUUUCCAGGUCUUACUCAACUAGAUCCAAAAUACUCAUAUAUAGUCACCAUCAUCAAUGCAUGCCCAGUGGAAGUCUCGUUUACUACACCUGUAUUAUGCUCGAAAUCUCUUGAGCUGCAUCCUGUACAGAUGAACUCAAGUGAUGCUAUCGUCAAGAAAUCAACAUAUGAUCAUUCCUCUGGUUGCUUCACAGUACCGGCCAGGACAACAGCUGUGUUUGUUGAACAUCGAUUAGGGUUGUAAUUACAUACAACUGAAGUCAUACACCAACAACGUACAACAUACUAUGUAACAAAUUACUCCGUUGUAUACAAUAUGUUGGAUUAUCAGGGGAAUGACCCAACAUAAAACGUAUAAUAUGCCCGCAAAAAAUAUGGAAAGUAGCAAGACCACAAGAGAUGGAGAGAAUUUUACUUAUUUAUUCCAAUGCAAUUCAUGUUAUGAGACUGAGUUAUUGAGAAGCCUCCCUCUAAAUUGAGAUUCAAAUGCCCUUCUU